AUGACCGGCUACAAACUUCUACUGUCGAAGAAGUCUCUGGACCAUCCGACCAGCAGAUCGAUAGUAUCUUCCAGGCGUACUACUGACUUGUCUCUUGUCCGUUACUAUCGAGUCGAGAUUCGCCGCGAGGGAGAUACACCCUCUAAUCCUAUUAUCAUACUCGAAGACACCCUAUCCGUCACAGUCGCGCCUGAUACCAACACACCGCCUCAGAGCCCUCCUCAACGGCCCGAGAAACGUCCUCGACCAGACAGGUAUAACGGAAUAGCGAGACAUGGCUCGAGCAGAAAAAAGAAGAGACGUCGAGGCGGAUCUCGUCAGAAUUUCUCUCCAGAGAAGAUCGACUCGCUUAACCUCUCAGACGAUCCCGACCACAGUGCAUCCCGGAGCACCUCCGGUCUAGGGGAAAUGCCGUCACCCUCAGAGUCUGCUAUACUCGAAGAGCAUUCCCUCCAUCUACCAGUUGAGAACUCAGCCUUUAUUGCUGAGGAGAGUCCGCAGCAUGUCUCGCCAGUUCCGGAGACGUUCCCAACUCAGGAAAAAGCAGACCCUGCUGCCUUUAUUAAUGAGUUAGCGACCACAUUAGGGGCUGUAACGGGAUCAGCAAGCUCCAUUAUCUUAAGCUUAUUACCCGAGGCGAAUACGCAGCCUGAAUGCCCGGAUCAAACCUGCCCUCUUGUGGCCUAUAUACAUCUAAGUAAAACUAUAAUUAAAAAGGAAAUAAGUAAAGAUAAAGGAAUUUAA